GCCACAUUCCCUCCCUAGAUCCGGGAUCGCCCCCAAAGAAAACUCGUGUUGACUGCUUUGCAACCCUUAAAUACAGACAAAGGUAUUGUCGAACUUCAAGCUAUCUAGCCCAUCACAGUGCACAACCUCAUCGUCAGUCACCAUGGACCCUCCUGAGGUUCCAAUCAUCAUCGUUGACACUGCUAAAGCACCAUUCGAUAAUCCUGACGGUGACAUCAUCCUCCGUUCGACCGCCGACCUUACGCCUGUCGACUUCCAUGUUUUCAAAGUCAUUCUUUCGCUCAUGUCGCCCGUGUUCAAAGACAUGUUCAUGCUACCUCAAAACGGUUUGCAGUUGGACAUAUCGUCUAUACCUGUCAUUCCUGUGUCUGAGAACAGCACGACCCUCGAAUUCCUGCUCUUACUAUGCUAUCCUGCUGCAACCCCAACCUUUGACAGCUGGGAUGACGCAAAGGCUGUGAUGGAUGCAGCAAAGAAGUAUGACAUGCAAGCAGCCUUGAGCCGUGCAGGAGACCUCGCGAUGACCCAGUUUCUACCAACUCACUUUCUCGCGCUAUACGCUCUCUCUCUUCGGUUCGGAUGGAAGCAUCAUGCGCAGACAGCUGCUACCCGGGCUCUUGAGAUCAAAGAUCUAGGACGCCCCAGCACUGAGUUUGAUGGGAUGCAGGACAUCACUGCUCUGGACCACCACAGGCUCCUCGUAUACCACCAUGCAUGCGGAGUCGCAGCCCUAGCAAUCGGAGACUCUCUUUCCUGGGUAGAGUCAACAACUUCAUCUAAAAAUAUGACAAUGUGGUUCAACACCCCGGGCCUGAAGGAGUGCAGUUGCAGAAGUGGCACAGGUCAUAGGACGCUCCAAGUUUCAGACUUCGGAAACCAGAAGGUCGCCCAGUGGUUCAAUGAAUAUCUGGUUGCGAGUGGGAAGGCGUUGUGGGCAAGACCUUGCGAGUCAACCUUAUUAGAGUCGCCAGCUUACCAUCGCGCUAUUACCAAGGCGGUUGACUGUAGCGCUUGCCGCACCACGGUCGUCGAGAGUAUGGAUAAAUUCCGUGCUUUGUAUAUCGCACAAGUUAAAAAGGUGGUUGCAACUGUGAGAUUGACGACUUUUUGAAGAGCCGUAACGCUGUCGUAUUGCUGUCGUGUUGCUG